ACAGUCAGCUGUUAUAAACACAGACAAGUCGAACGUAUUCGGAGUGUAUUAUUAAGAGUAUUAAAUAAUUUUUAAUUAAUUGUUCAUUAAGCGAUGGCUGACGAACGAAAUUUUCGUUCCUCGUAUUACGAGAAAGUAGGAUUUCGUAGUGUCGAAGAAAAAAGAUCCUUGGAAAUAUUACUUAAGGAACGCCCGUUUGAUAAAGCUAAGCUAAAACAAUUCUGCUUACGGUUCACUGUACCUGCUAUGCAUAGAAAUUAUCUCUGGAAAAUCUUACUGGACGUAAUACCGGUUUACGUGGACAGUCACGAUUUUAUACUAAAUCAAAGGAGAGCAGAAUUCCAUGAUUUACAGAAAGCCUUAAAGGUUACCAAGAUUUUGGACGAUUACACAAAACCUCAUUUAAUGUUUCUUACUAUGUGGUUGUUACGUACUAGAAGAGCAAAACUCGAUAUGAGUACUCAAUUAGAAAUUCCUUUACAUAGAGCUAUGAGCAGAAUGGCUGAGACGUUGUGGCAUAUCAUUGACAUUGAUUGCUACGAGGAAAAACUUGUAGACACUUACUGGAUAUUAUGUGGACUUUUAGAUCAAGUGCAAAGGCUGCACAAAGAAGUGGUCAAAUUAAGGGAAUAUGUUUGUACCCUGUUGGAAAGAGAAGACCCUGAAUUAUACAAGCAUCUUGUUAAAAUUCAAGCACUUCACAAUAUUCCAUACGACAUUUGGUUUUGUUCAUGCUUCGCAGGAACAAUAUCCAAUGGUUCUAUUGCAAAAAUAUGGGAUAAGAUAGCUGUAGGUGCUUACAGGAUUUUAAUCUUUGUUACUGUAGUUACCUUAACAACCUUAAGAAGAAUUUUAUUGAGAUACGAAAAUAUAGAUGGUAUUUUAGAUACUAUUUCCAAUAUAACGGAAGAAACAUCCGAGGUAAUCGUCAAUAAAGCAAUCGAAUCUUGGCAACAAAGCGGCUCAACAUUAAUUUCGUAAAUUGGAUAAAAAACUGACUGGUACACAUCGAAUUGUAUUCGUAUUUUAAUUAUAAAUAUUAAUUAAAUUCACUUGUA